AUCGUACAGAUGAUGCGCGCUUUUGUGGCGAUCACAGCUCUUGCCAUUGGAGUCCUCUGCUCUCUGGGCAAUGGGGAAUUCUUGGAGCCGAGGUGCGGCGUUUCGCCCAUUUUCAAAAUAACCGGGGGCACUGAUGCGGAUAUAUCUGCAAAUCCCUGGAUGGCCUACAUCCAUUCCUCCGUCACAUUGAUCUGCGGAGGAGCUCUCAUUACCGAGCGUUUUGUCCUGACAGCGGCGCAUUGUGUUCAGGAGGGAAUUGCGGUAAAGGUGCGACUCGGGGAGUACGAUGAUUCGACGACCGAGGACUGCGACAAUUGGGUCUGCAACCCACGUGCUGAGGAGUACGACGUGGACAUGGCCAUCCGGCAUGGCAAGUAUUCCGAGCACAGAAACUUGAACGACAUCGCGCUGCUUCGCUUGGCUGUUUAUGUGACUUUUAAAGUUCACAUCAAGCCCAUCUGCAUCAUUUUGGACACCACGAUGAGGGAAAAAUUCGAUAGUGUGCAGUGGUUUAUUGCCACCGGCUGGGGCGAGACUAAUACCAACAGGACAGGAGGUGCCCUGCAGACUAUACAUCUCCAGCGCUAUGAUCCAAUCCAAUGCAAGCGAGCCCUCGGCAGGCCGGUGCAGCAGAACCAGUUCUGCGCCGGAAGCCUUGGUAGCGAUACGUGCCACGGCGACUCCGGCGGUCCGCUCAUCCAGAACGUGCGGCACAUGGACAUGUGGCGAGCCGUACAAUUCGGCGUGAUCAGCUACGGCAGCAGGGAUUGCUCCGGAAUCGGGGUCUACACCGAUGUGUACAGCUACACCACUUGGAUCGCCACCGUAGUGCGGCAGAACAGCCAUGUGCCGGCAGCAUUUAUGCCUACCAUUUAACCUUAUAUC